CUAGAAAAAAACGUCGCCUUCAUCAAAAACAAUUUUUUAUUUUUUUUUUAAUGAAAAUCAUAUUGUGGGCAGAGCAGAGAACCCUUAUUCGUGAAUCGGCGUACGAAGAGGAAGCAUGGGUUUGACGAAUUUCGUACUGACGGUGGCCGGUGUAAGCGCCGUUGUUCUUCUUCUAAGGAGCGACGUGAAGCAAUCUGCGUCCAUAUUCAAACGCAACGUCAAACAAAUUCGCCACUGGCUUGAAGAAGAAACCGCCAAUUCUUCAAAGAAAAUAGAGAAGGCUGCAAAGGAACUGGAAUCGAAGGUUCCUCCAAAAGACAUUCCUAAGCAGGACAAGCACUAAUGUUUAUGUGGUUGAUGGAGUGAUGGGGUGGGUUUAGUGUAGUAAUUUUUCAGUUUCUUUAUUCUCACCUCUUACUGUCUUUGAUGGAUACAAAUUUCCUUUUUUUUUGUUUAAUAUACUAUAAUGAAUUCUUCAACAAUGUCAUUGAUAGAGAUGUUGGUCUUGAUAUAAAUGUUAAGACUAAAAUAUGGAGGGUAUAUUCGAGAAAGAGAAGGAAGGAGUAGCUGGCAAGUAAAGCAUGUGCAGAAGGUGUGUGAGUCAUGUGCAUGAUGUGUGCACGGCUACUAUAUAAGGAGUAGUAUGAGAAAUGAAUAAAUAAUUUAGCCUAGUUUUCUGUUAGAGUCAAUGGGGUCAUCUUGUAUAAGGAGUAGUAUGAGAAAUGAAUAAUUUAGCCUAGUUUUCUGUUAGAGUCAAUGGGGUCAUGGUCAUCUUGUAAGGUGAUUUGGGAGAGUCUAUGUACUCAUUGGGAUUGGUAGUGAGUCACUAUCAUUAUGUUAUCUUUUCAUUCCUUGUUUACAGCUUUACAGAGUCCAUUUCUUUGUUAAAGUACAAUUGCUAUUCCAUUAAUAUUCUAUUUCAUUCCUUUUUAUUCCAA